GCAUAAAGUGAUACAUAAAUUCCUUCAUAACUUAUACGUGUAUUAGCUAUGUGGGUUUCUAAAUUGCAAACCAAACACCGUAUUAGGUGUAUUUAUUUUUAUACAUAGCAAAAGAAUUUUACCAAACAUAAUAUUACUAUCCAGAAUUUAAUACAUGAAUAACUUAGUUCCUAACUAACUACCAAACAACCCCUAAAUUAUUGCAAUGAGAUAGUGGAAUUAGAUAGAUGCAAUUUUCUAUUGUAAAAGUUACAGAAAGGAAAUGCUGAUUUUGGAGUAUUGUUCUAUAAGUUAUGAGCAUGACUGCCGUAAUCUAGUUGUAGAAUGUUCCUAAAGAAACUCAAUUUUGGGUGCAUUUCUCUAUCUUUUCACCAGAGUAUUCUAGUUUGAAUUUCGAAAGAAGUAACUCUGUUUCACUGUUUUGGCCUUUAUUCUAACCUAAGCUCAUGUUUUUCUUCUCUCUUGCAAAAUUAGACAGUUAAUGACGUUAUACUGGGGAUAACACAAGCAGCAUUAUCUCGUUAUAUCCACCGAAGAUACGGUAAUUAAGCUCCUUAUUAGCUCACUGUAUACUUGUUAGAAAAUAAGUACUCCUACAAACAGAAUAGAAAAGUCGAUCUUGAUCAGAAAUCAAAACCUAUAAAAUUCUAGGUGAAAGUCGUAUAGAAGGUUACUUUUGCUAUGGAAUUAAUCUUUCUUUCUUUUUCUUUUUUUUUUUUUUUUUUUUUUAGCUAAGUAGUUAAGGUUGAAAGUUUAUAUUUAAUUCGUGGCUGCAUAUAACAAUGUAAGUUUGCUUUUAACCAUACUAGUCAAACUUUAUAAUGUGUUUCUUCCUGACAUGACAGUAGAAGUUGAAGGUAAGAGGAAAUUUUCGCUGGAACGAAUGAGGUGCAGAGCGACUGUUUUAAUGAAUUUGAGACCGGCUUUAGGAGUUCAAGCUGUAGCUGAAAUGAUUGAGAAGAACGCCAUAGUGAUACAAGGAAAUUGUUUCAGCUUUAGCUUAAUUCCCUUAACUAUAGUUGAAUUAGAGGAUCCUCUGGAUUAUGUUCGCAAAGCUAAGACAUCAAUGGAUCGAAAGAAGCAUUCUCUUGAGUCUCGAUGCACCUUUUAUAGUUUACACUUCUUCCUCAAGUUCUUUGGCUUAAGGGGUGCGACAACACUUUGUGAAAGAAUUCUAUCCCGAACAACACUAAUCUUUUCAAACGUAAUUGGUCCGCUUGAAGAAGUUUCUUGGUCAGGUCAUCCAUUGACAUUUGUUGCCCCAACAUGUUAUGGACAUCCCACUGGGCUAAUGGUUCAUGCGUGUAGCUAUGCCAAGAAGUUAACAUUUGUUAUAGCAGUUGAAGAAGGAAUGAUCCCAGAUCCUAAUCAGCUUGGCGAUGAUUUUGUCGAUUCAUUCAUGCUUAUCGUCGAGGCUGCCCUCUCAAACAAAAUUGAGAACCAUAGUUAACUAGCUCAUUACACAUCUGAAAGUACAUCUAUGAUAUGUACAUUUAAUAUUGCUCAAACUAUUAUAUUUGAUUAUAUUUGAAAAUUGCUUUUAGUUACUGCAGUAACUUUUCACAUAAUAAGUUGCUCAGUUUUAGGAUGGAUUUGAAUUUCAAAUUUCUAUUAGAUUUGUUUAGGUUGUUGAGUCAUUUUAGGCUUUUGAAAUUAUUCUGCAAAUUUUCUGUUGUUAAGUUACCUAUUUAAACCCUCUAUGCUUAAUAAAAAAUUGAGAGGCAAAUUUCAAUCAAUACUUUUAACCUUUUUGUGGCACCAUAUUUUAAUUAAAAACCAACACAAAUAUGUUUUCCCUUGCUUGAUAGAUAGAGCUAUAGAUUCACAUUUUCCUGGCUAGCACAAAGUAAGGGGGCUGGGGGGAGUUUUUACAGGAAUAUCUGAGUAUCCCCUUAACUUAGCAGUUGAUUUAAUUUGUAUAUAUUGGUUGUAUUGAGCGUUGGCGCUCAUUGUCCAAGCAGUUGUAACAGAAAUUUUUUAAUCAUUUUGCAGCUGUAGUAAUUUACUGCCCCUGUUUGCCAAGCCAAAUUUGAGAAAAUUCUCAGGUACAUGGGUACUGGUUGAGUUAUUUGGUACAUUAACAUGUGCUGAUUUGGAUUAUUUUCGUUCUCCUUACGUUUAAUUCAAGUAUUGGUUUGUGAAUUUUCAAAAAAAAAAAAAAAAACAUAUUUAGUUAGCCAGUAAUAUUUUAUAGAACUACGUUGGGCUUGAUUUUCUUGAAAGGUUUUAGUAUGAGCAGGGGUUACGUAGGCUAGCUUAGUUUUUCUAGCCCUCAAAUCUAUUUUUCAAUUUGUUUGGCCUUACAAAACUAUAGCUAUGACCAAGUUUCUGAAACUAGUUAAUUAAGUAGGUUGCGAGUUUCUUUUGAUUUCUCUCUCUCUCUCUCUCUCUCUCUCUCUCAUGUGAGUUGUAGAGAUUGAUUCGAUCUUGCUUUGGAGGAGAAGAUUGGAAGAGGUGUGGA